GCCCCGUCCCCUGUCCCCUCUGCCCCGUCCCCCGUCCCCCAACUGCCGGAUUCAAGCCGCCCACCGGGCUUUCUUUGCCAGGAGGAUGAGGACAGCGACGCCGGGGGGCCUCUGAACCAGCGCGGCCGCUCCACCACUCCAACUUUCUUUUUCCUUUUUUUGAUUUUUUUUUCAACUUUUCCUUCCCCCGAGCCGCCCCUGCGCCCUCCACAGCUACUCUGGGCGGGGGGGAGGGGGCGGCCCUCCCCUCCUGCUCCGCUUCCAUACGAUGGCUUCCAAUUUUAAUGACAUAGUCAAGCAAGGGUAUGUAAAGAUUAGGAGCAGACGCUUAGGUAUAUAUCAACGAUGCUGGUUAGUAUUCAAGAAAGCUUCAAGCAAAGGUCCAAAAAGAUUGGAGAAAUUUUCAGAUGAGCGGGCUGCAUAUUUUCGGUGCUAUCACAAGGUCACAGAGCUAAAUAAUGUGAAGAAUAUAUUACGGUUGCCAAAGAGCACAAAAAAACAUGCUAUAGGGAUUUAUUUCAGUGAUGACACCUCCAAGACUUUUGCUUGUGAUUCAGAGCUGGAGGCUGAUGAGUGGUGUAAAGUGCUGCAAAUGGAGUGCCUGGGAACUCGAAUCAAUGACAUCAGCCUCGGGGAGCCUGACUUGCUGGCUACGGGUGUGGAAAGGGAGCAAAAUGAGAGAUUCAAUGUGUAUUUGAUGCCAUCUCCUAACUUAGAUGUACAUGGGGAAUGUACCUUGCAGAUAACAUAUGAGCAUAUCUGUCUUUGGGACAUCCAGAAUCCCAGAGUAAAACUCAUCUCUUGGCCACUAAGUGCCCUACGGCGGUAUGGAAGAGAUCCAACUUGGUUUACAUUUGAGGCGGGAAGGAUGUGUGACACAGGGGAAGGACUGUUUAUCUUUCAAACAAGAGAUGGAGAGGCCAUCUAUCAAAAAGUUCACUCAGCCGCCUUGGCUAUUGCUGAACAGCAUGAGCGCUUAUUGCAAAGUGUGAAGAAUUCAAUGCUUCAGAUGAAAAUGAGUGAACGAGCCAUUUCUCUCAGUGCAAUGGUGCCCUUGCCUCGGAGUGCCUACUGGCAGCAUAUCACAAGGCAGCAUAGCACAGGACAGCUGUACAGCUUACAAGAUGUUUCAAGUCCAUUGAAACUUCAUCGGACAGAGACUUUUCCUGCCUUCCAAUCUGAACACCGAUAAAGACUGAAAGGGGUUUUUUUUAAACUCUUUUGAUUUCCUAAGCAUUGGGCCAACAAUGAAGAAACAUAAUCAAUGGAGAUAAAUGCAGCCAUUAUGAAAAAGGAGGAUGAGGCAUUGGGAGAAUUUAGCUGCAGCUCUGUAGCUCUGCAAUAUCUUUUUUUUUUUACCUUAGCCAAAAUAAAAUAUGCUCUGUAGAUAGUAAAGAUCUGUUUCCUAUUUUACAACUGAACAGAAAAUAAUAAACAUUACUGGGUGAUUUUGUAUUAUAGAUACCAUGUCUCUCACAAUUGAAUUUGUCCUGAUUGAAUUCUUGUGGUUUCACUCUUGUCUGUUUUGAUCAUAUAAUGUCAGUACAUAGUUCUUAUUUGUUGUAUCUUGUACUCCUAAGUUACUAGUAUUACUGUUCAGGAUAGUAAUUUACGAUGAGGUUUUAUUAAAUUAUGAAUGGUUUAAAUUAAUGACCUUAUUCACUCUUCUUACAUAUUAAUGUAAAGACCAUUUUUCAAAUGAUGCAAUCAAAUAUUGUUUUUAGAGUUGUGCUUUUUUUAAAGCCUCUAUUUACUUUGUUUAUAGUAUCUUCAUAGAAGGUUUAGAAAUAAAACAAAAAAACCUCU